GCACAAACAGCAGGAUCGUGUGUUAACAAGUGAAGCCUGAUAAGCUCUCGAAUUUCUUUCAGACAUGUACCGACUGACAUUGGUAGCUCUUUCUAUGCUGCUCUUCUCUUCGCUCUUGGUAAAUGGAGGGAAGGUAUUGGUGUUCCCUGUAGACGGAAGCCACUGGAUUAACAUGAAAGCCAUCAUUGAGGAGCUUCACUCCAGAGGCCAUGAAAUCACAGUCUUACGGCCAUCGGACAGCUGGUACAUCAAGGCUGAGUCAAAUCUCUACAAGACCAUAACUAUAAAUUCUCCCAGUGGUUUUGAUGAAGAAAGCUUUGGGUCAUUUAUAAACAAAUUAAUGCUCAUGCGGCGGGAAGGCGCCUCAAUCUGGACUCGUAUGUCUCUGGAGUAUGAAUAUCUACUACAGUUCUAUCAGGUGAAUAAGCAGGUGGUGAAUAUGAUGACCAAUGUGUUUGAGGACAAGAAAUUGAUUCAGAGCCUCCAAGACACCAAAUAUGAUGUGUUUCUGACGGACCCUGGAUUAGGUGGAGGGGUGCUUCUGGCUCACCGUUUGGGUCUUCCACUUGUCUUCAAUGUGAGGUGGACUAUUCAGGGUGAGGCACAUCUUACAAUUGCUCCAACCCCAUUGUCUUAUGUCCCAGUCCCACCAACACGGAUGACUGACAAAAUGACAUUUCCCCAGCGGGUCUGGAACGUAGUUUACUUUUUAUUCACACGUUUUCAAAUUUGGUACAUCACAGACCCGACCUAUGGACCAUUUGUCCAUCAUUACUUUGGCCCCGAUGUUCACUACAUGGAGCUGUUCCAAGCAGCAGACAUCUGGUUGAUGAGGAAUGAUUUUAUUUUUGACUUCCCACGCCCCACAAUGCCAAACGUCAUCUACAUGUCAGGAUUUCAGUGCAAACCCUCCAAGCCCCUCUCUAAAGAACUAGAGGAUUUUGUCCAGAGCUCUGGUGAACAUGGCAUCAUUGUUAUGACAUUAGGCACCCUGGUGGCAAAACUUCCUGAAGACAUGACUGAGGACAUUGCUGCUGCCUUUGCCCAACUCCCUCAGAAGGUUAUCUGGAGGCACACGGGCAAAAGACCAUCAUCCCUUGGCAACAACACCUUGCUUGUGGACUGGCUGCCUCAAAAUGACCUGCUGGGUCAUCCUAAGACCAGAGUGUUUGUCGCCCAUGGAGGCACCAAUGGUGUUCAGGAGGCCAUUUACCACGGUGUUCCCCUGGUCGGCCUUCCCCUCAUGUUAGACCAAUUUGACAACUUCUUCAGGAUGGAAAUAAGAGGUGUGGCCAAAGUGGUGGACAUUUCAAUUAUGAACAAAGACAACUUCCUUGAGGCACUGAAGGAGGUGCUCUAUGAGCCGUCCUACAGGGACAAGAUGAAGGCGCUUUCAAACCUACAAAGAGAUCAGCCCAUGAAACCCAUGGAUCGUGCCGUGUUCUGGAUUGAGUUUGUCAUGAGACACAAAGGAGCUCCACAUCUAAGGACAGAGUCUUACAAGAUGUCCUUUAUCCAGUACCACUCAAUUGAUGUGGUGGCAUUUCUAUUGGCAGUUAUUCUGCUAGUUGUGACCGUUUUCAUUGCAGCAGUUAAGUUUUUGUGGCGAAGGGUGUUUUCUAGAAGCAAAGUCAAAAAGGAAUAAUACAUGUUCGGGUGUAUUUUGAGUCAUGAACAGGAUAAAACUGUACUGGUCUCUGAAUAUCUCAAAGAGUUGAAUACAAGGUGUAAUGGCC